AUUGAACCUGGCACAGAAAUAAGAAAUGAAAGAUGGCGGAUAUUGCAGAAAAGCCGGAUUUUGAAGAGCUUUGCAUAAAAUGCGAACAAAUGGAACUCGACGGUUCUGCUUCAGGGGAAGUUUAUACACAGCUGUUAGCGGUUUAUCUGUUUCAAAAUGAUAUCUGCAAUGCCAAAUUUUUAUGGAAAAGAACACCAGAUGAAAUUAAACUGUCAACUCCAGAGCUUGCAAAACUUUGGAAUGUAGGAUGUCAUAUCUGGAAAAGAGAUUUUGUAGCAGUUUACAAUGCUCUGAAAGAAGAAUGGUCACCUUCUAUCCAGCCAAUCAUUGCAGCAUUAACAGAAAAACUUCAGAAAAGGACAUUUGAUUUAGUAUCCAACGCAUACACCUCUAUCAGAGCAGAAGACUUGGCUAAACUAAUGGGGAUAACAAGGGAAGCUGCUUUGAGUGCAGCUGUUACCAGUGGAUGGAUUAGUGAUCCAGCCACAGGAAUGAUCACUCCCAAGAAGACAGAGCUUCCACAGAAAGAGAUUCCACUCACAAGUGAACAGGAACUUGCACUAUUGACAGAUUAUGUGUCAUUUUUAGAAAAUUAACUUAAACUUGAAAAGCAGCGAUACAUUUUAAAUAUAACUUGUAUCAUCUGAGAACUAGCAUUCUAAAUGUAAAUAACUUCAUUAAGACCAAA